AAGCCCGCCCGCGCCCGAGCAGGGACUACAUUUCCCGAGGGGCCUCCGCGGCAGCAGCAGCAGCGGCGGGCGCGGCAACGUCCCCCGGAAGUGGAGCCCGGGACUUCCACUCGUGCGUGAGGCGAGCGGAGCCGGAGACCAGACCACAGGCCGAACUCGGGAUCUGACAAGAUGGCCGGGCUGCCCCGCAGGAUCAUCAAGGAAACCCAGCGUUUGCUGGCAGAACCAGUCCCCGGCAUUAAAGCAGAACCAGAUGAAAGCAACGCCCGUUAUUUUCAUGUGGUCAUUGCUGGCCCCCAGGAUUCCCCCUUUGAGGGAGGGACUUUUAAACUUGAACUAUUCCUUCCAGAAGAAUACCCAAUGGCAGCCCCUAAAGUACGUUUCAUGACCAAAAUUUAUCAUCCUAAUGUAGACAAGUUGGGAAGAAUAUGUUUAGAUAUUUUGAAAGAUAAGUGGUCUCCAGCACUGCAGAUCCGCACAGUUCUGCUAUCGAUCCAGGCUUUGUUAAGUGCUCCCAAUCCAGAUGAUCCAUUAGCAAAUGAUGUAGCGGAGCAGUGGAAGACCAACGAAGCCCAAGCCAUAGAAACAGCUAGAGCAUGGACUAGGCUAUAUGCCAUGAAUAAUAUUUAAACCGAUCUGAUCAUCAAGUGUGCAUCACUUCUCCUGUUCUGCCAAGACUUCUUCCUUUUUUGUUUGCAUUUAAUGGACACAGUCUUAGAAACAUUACAGAAUAAAGCCCAGACAUCUUCAGUCCUUUGGUGAUUAAAUGCACAUUAGCAAAUCUAUGUCUUGUCCUGAUUCACUGUUGUAAAGCAUGAGCAGAGGCUAGAAGUAUCAUCUGGAUUGUUGUGAAACGUUUAAAAGCAGUGGCCCCUUUCUGCUUUUAUUCAUUUCCCCCAUCAUGGUUUAAGUAUAAAGCACUGUGAAUGAAGGUAGUUGUCAGGGUUAGCUGCGGGGGUGUGGGUGUUUUCUUUAUUUUAUUAUUUUUUUGAGGGGGGGUAGUUUUAUUUUAAUUUUAUGGGUUCCUUUCCCCCUUUUUAAGGUGAUCUAAUUGCAUUGGUUUAAAGCAGCUAACCAGUUCUUUAGAAUAUCCUCUCUAGCCAAGUCUAACUUUAGACGCUGUAGAUGGACAAGCUUGAUUGUUUGAACCAAAAUGGGAACAUUAAACAUCACAGCCCUCACUAAUAACAUUGUGACUUUGCUGUCAAGUGUAGAAUCCUCCCUUCAAGAAAAAGCUUGUGACCAUUUUGUAUGGCUUGUCUGGAAACUUCUGUAAAUCUUAUGUUUUAGUAAAAUAUUUUUUGUUAUUCUA